AUGCCUGUCGUUCAUUUGCUCGAUUAUGCAGCAGGGAACAUUCGCUCUCUGGUCAAUGCGAUCGAGAAGCUUGGCUGGCAAGUCGAAUGGGUAAAGUCACCAGAAGAUGUAGCAAAUGCUGAGAUCUUGAUCCUUCCUGGUGUCGGCCACUUCGGUCACUGCUUAACACAAUUCAAGAAUGCAGGAUACGUCGCGCCUGUGCAAAAGCACAUUCGCUCUGGCAAACCUUUCAUGGGAAUCUGUGUGGGCAUCCAAGCAUUAUUCGAAGGAUCGGAAGAGAACCCGACAGUUUCAGGUCUUGGAAUCAUCAAUGCUCGUCUGCAACGCUUCGACUCUAGCGACAAGAGUGUACCACACAUUGGAUGGAAUUCUGCAAACACCAGCGGAAGUAAUCAAAGCAUAUACGGCCUUAGACCCGACAGCAAAUACUAUUAUGUACACUCGUAUGCGGUACCAUAUCGAGAAGGUGAACUUGAGAAGGACGGCUGGACUGUGGCGAAAGCCCGGUAUGGCAACGAGGAGUUCGUCGGAGCCAUCGCAAAAGGCAAUGUGUUCGCGACACAAUUCCAUCCGGAGAAGAGUGGCGCCGCAGGACAGCGCGUGUUGAAAGCUUUCCUCGAGGGUCGGAAAAGUGAGCCAUUGCCAACAGACCUCGAAACUGCAUCGACACGAGAAGGCCUCACACGUAGGAUCAUUGCAUGCCUGGACGUGCGCGCGAAUGACCAGGGCGAUCUCGUCGUCACGAAAGGCGAUCAGUACGACGUUCGCGAGAAGUCCGAUAACGCCGUCCGAAAUCUUGGAAAGCCUGUUCAAAAGGCACAGCAAUACUACGAACAGGGUGCAGACGAAGUCACUUUCCUCAAUAUCACCUCUUUCCGAGAAACGCCGCUCAAGGAUCUGCCCAUGCUGGAAGUUCUGCGCCAGACAUCCGCGACAGUCUUCGUUCCCUUGACGAUCGGUGGUGGGAUUCGCGAUACGCACGAUCCCGAGACUGGCAGAACGGUACCCGCGCUCGAAGUCGCGACGCUGUACUUCAAGUCCGGAGCCGACAAGGUCUCCAUCGGAUCAGAUGCCGUCACAGCUGCUGAGCAGUACUACGAGUCAAACAAGACGCUCACACGAAAGACCGCAAUCGAGACUAUCAGCGAGGCGUACGGAGCACAAGCCGUGGUUGUAUCAAUCGAUCCCAAACGCGUGUACGUCAAGUCGCCAGACUCCACACCGCAUAACACCAUCGAGACCGCCUGCCCGGGACCGGACGGCGAAAACUACUGCUGGUACGCCUGCACCAUCAAAGGAGGGCGCGAGACUCGGGAUCUCGAUGUCGUCCAGCUCGCCCAAGCUGUCGAAGCGAUGGGUGCAGGCGAGAUCUUACUGAACUGCAUUGACAAGGAUGGCACAAAUUCCGGCUUCGACCUGGAGCUGAUCCGCAGUGUCAAGGCUGCGAUCAAGAUCCCAGUCAUUGCGUCAAGUGGUGCCGGAAACUCCGGACACUUCGCGGAAGUGUUCAGCAAGACGAACGUUGAUGCUGCGUUGGGUGCGGGUAUGUUUCACCGUGGAGAGUGGACGGUCAAGCAGGUCAAGGAAGAUCUGCAGAAGACGGGACUUCUGGUCAGGAGAUUUGAAGAGGAUGUUUAG